UUAACAUUUCCAAUUAAUUAAAACUUGCCAGCCGCGUUACUUGACAUUCUGGUUGGCCUGGACCCAUGGAAUUUCAUAUUCAGAGUCUAGGGCUGAAUGCCAAGUUCGGUUGUCAGAUACUGCAAAGACACACGCACAUACACACACACUCACACUCACACACACACACGGGACUUUGGAACACAGGUCUGUAGCAUUACGACAGACACUAAAGAUGAAGCAAAAUCACAGAUGAAACAGCAAACACCUAUAACUCGGCUUUUGACAGACGACCAAGACAUAAAGAAGGAUUCUGCCGUGUUUACUGACUGUAUCUCCGAAGAGUCGUUGCACAUUUCAGCUGCUGCGCUAGGAACUUUCCUGUAUGCCAAACGAUCACAAGGCGUACUCGACAUAUUACAAGCUAAGGAGAAUGUAUUUAGUAGAAUUGUAUUUGCGACGGAGAGGUGAGCUUGAAGAGACCGCGCAUUUUCUGUUGAAAUAAGCAAGGAAUUGUUUCUAAGUUUUUGUUUGGACUAGUAUUACCUUUGUAUUGAACUCUAAAAUUAAGAUUUGGUUUUACCAACACGAAUCAUUGGACUGCACGAAGAUAUUAUGUGUAUGGAUUUGGAUUUGUUUAAUGGAUUUGUAAAUAGCAGUGGCGCAGCAGUAGCAGUAAAUGCAUGUUUACAAGCAUUUGAUUUUUCUCAACUUUUAUUGACAGGUCUACUGGCUGCGCCUUUUUAAGCGUCACAUGCGAUUUAAUACUAUAUGCAUUUGCAUUCGAUUCAAUUUCAUUUCCGUGUAAUUUUAAUAAAACAAUAAAUUGGGACAUUUAGAAUUAUGGAUAUUCAGAUUGGAUUAGGAGGACUUCUUGACUCCCCGAACAAUCAUUUUUGUGGUACUUUCGAAAACGUUUUCCAUGGCGUGCGAACUCCGUUCCAAAACUGCGAGAGCUUCGACUCGAAGUACGGAUGGGAGAUGCGCCAAACUAGCAACCAUUUAGGUCCAUACUUCGAGUCGUCGCUUAUUUCGGGGAGUCCAGUGGGUGAGUUCCAGCGUGCUACCUUUGCCAGACAGCUCAUUGCUCCAGACAGGUCUCGCAACUUUACGAAGAGAACAAUGAGCAGCGGCAGCGAAUUCUCUGCAGCAGGAGCGGUGGAGGAGGGUGUGUGCGCCUCAUUCUUCUCUCCCUUGCCCCACUGCAGCCUGGACCAGCAGGCUCCAGUAUCCUUUCCACCACAAAAUGACAGAGAGUAUAAUGACAGCGACGCCUGCUUGCGAAUGCGAAGCAGGGGCACCGAUUCAUCCAGCACCACCAUCUCUGAAACUGCCAGGGAGCUCUGCAAGGCAGUCUCGGUAUCGCUGGGUUUAAACAUUGAAUCAAACGAGAUGAAUGACUUGAGAUUAGACCAUGGCUCAUCUCUCAGUAGUGAUCGAAGUCAAGGAGACUGCAUGUUCGAAGUGCCUUUACCAGGGUGCUCGGCCCCUGGAACAAGUGCCCUGUCAACAGGGUGCAAGCAAUCCAGUGCACAUGAUGGCAGAUCAGUGCAAAAUGAUAAGGAUGGUGGAAUGUUUAAUGGACCCCUCGCGAAUGAAAGUACGAGUGGGGUGAUCCCACUCCAACACCACAGCAUUAGGCAUUCUGAAGGGGGCGAGAUGGUCGCAGAAGUCAAACAGAAGGAUGCCCCUGCGAAUUUUAAAAUCACGGGUUGCGAAGACUCUGAAGAUCGUGUAAAUAUGGAUGGAGGUCACUCAGCCCCCUGUCAGGCUGUCCAAUCGGUGCCAUCAAACAUGGCAAGCUGUGUGCAGAAUCAAAACUGGCCAGGGAACAUGCCGCACAAAAACGCACCUCUUCUGGGUCAAUUAGAAACAAUGACCGAGGGUACAGGUGGCGAGUACCCUACACAUUUCAGCCUGACCCCCAGCGUUAGGAUAAAGACUGAAAAACAGAACAACGAAUGGGGUGCCCAGUGUAGGUACAAAGGCAAUGACUGUGUAGCUUACGGGUCUUCAGCGCCUGCGACCCUUUCACAGGACGCAGGGCGAUGCGGGCUGUUUGUCUGCAGUCCAUUUGAACACUGGAGGAACAACGAUCUGUGUGCACAAGAUGCAGUGGCAACAGAACCGUGGUACCCCGGUGGAAUGGUGGAGAGAAUGCCAUAUAACAAAUUACCUUGUUUGAAAACCGACAGGAAUGACUGGACUCCUGUACCCUACGGUGACCCACGGUGGGAGGGGGGCAGAGACACUCUUUUCCCAAUGGAGUAUUUCUUCCCGCCCCAGAGGACCUGUCUGAUUUGUAGUGACGAAGCGUCGGGGUGUCACUAUGGAGCGCUCACCUGCGGCAGCUGCAAGGUGUUCUUCAAGAGAGCGGCUGAAGGAAAACAGAAGUACCUGUGUGCCAGCCGAAAUGACUGCACCAUUGAUAAGCUCAGGAGAAAGAACUGCCCAUCCUGUCGCCUCCAGAAGUGCUUCAAGGUUGGAAUGACUCUUGGAGUUCGAAAGCUGAAGAAGAUGAAAGGAGCAGAAGAUACUGGCAAUCAACCCAAGAACAAUGCAAUGCAGAAUGCAGCAAUGCAACAGAUUGACAUUGUGAGAAUGGAGGUGUUCCAGAACCAGCCGGUUUUCCUUAAUGUCUUGGAGGCUAUUGAACCAGACACGGUGUUCGCAGGCCAUGAUAACGGACUGCCUGAUUCCUCUGCAAACCUGCUGACCAGCUUGAAUGAACUGGGGGAGAGGCAGAUGGUGCUCAUGGUGAAGUGGGCGAAAGGACUGCCAGGUUUUCAAAAUUUGCAUGUGGAAGACCAAAUGAAAAUUAUUCAGUAUUCGUGGAUGGGGACCAUGGUGUUUGCUAUGGCAUGGAGGUCCUUUAAGAACGUCAAUUCCACCAUGCUGUACUUUGCUCCAGACCUUGUAUUCAACGAGUUGCGAAUGCACAGAUCCAAGAUGUUUGAGCACUGCGUAGCAAUGCAACACAUUGCUCAGGAGUUCCUUUGGCUUCAGGUCACCGAGGAAGAGUUCUUGUGCAUGAAAGCGCUGCUCUUCUUCAGCAUCAUUCCAGUGGAAGGCCUGAAAACUCAGAAGUAUUUCGAUGAGCUGCGGCUGAAGUACAUCCAGGAAUUGUACCACAACUGUGGAAUGAACACCCCCCUGUACGGUACUCAGCGGUACCACCAGCUCACCAAACUCCUGGAUUCUCUUCAGCCGAUUGUGAGGAAGCUACACCAGUUUACAUUUGACAUGUACGUCCAGACUCAGGGGCAUGCAAGCAGCAUCCAGUACCCUGAGAUGAUGACCGAGAUCAUCUCUGUGCAGGUGCCAAAGAUCCUCGCCGGCAUGGCGAAGCCAAUCCUGUUUCACAAGCAGUGAUGUUCUUCUCUACCCUCAAUCUGACACGUGUCACGUGCUGCCCAUCCUCUGUACAUUUCAGCCAUCUUCACUCGCAUUUAGUCAACAGGCAGUGUCUCCAGCAGUGUCUCCAGCAUUGUCUCCAGCGUUGUCUCCAGCAUUGUCUCCAGCGUUGUCUCCAGCAUUGUCUCCAGCAUGUGCUCCUAGACCAUCUUUUCCUCAAGACUUUUUUUUUCAUUGUGAUGCUUUUCAUUGAGCCUUCUUUAAAAAAAAAAGGAAUACAGCACAUUUAUUGUAUAUAGUGGUGUGUAAUCAUGAGAAAAGCUGUUUACAAGAUCCAUUACAUGUCAGAUUAAAAAAACAAAAAAGAAGUCUGAUAAAUUUAUUAUUAUCCCUAUCUUGUAAACAGUACAAUGCUACCUGUCUGUAAAAAAAAGAUGCAACUUCACAAACUGCUUUAAAAUAGUUCCUUUCUACUACUCAUCCAAUACGCUCCACACAUUUGAAUUCUAUUAGUAGAGUUUAAUUCAAAGCUAUCCGAGGAAGCGGUUUGGGGGUUAGUGCUACGAUGGCAUGGAUGUUCAUUAUCCCUGACGCUGUGGGCAUGCUCUUUGAGUUAUUGCUCUUUGAGUUAUUACCAAACACAUCACAAGCAGAUGACUCAAGAGAACCAAAAUAACUGCUGCCUGGAAUUGUAUGAUCCUAGAACUGAUGUCUUAAAACACGUUAAGUAAAGCAGUCUGUUUGUUUUUCCUACUUUUGCUUAACUCAUUUGACUGUAUUAUUAGAUAUAAUUAGCACAUCUGCAGUGAAUCGUAUACACUGUUACAAUGCUUCUAAUACAUUAUCCUUAUGAUGAAUGAUAUUCAUAGAAUAUACAGUGCCAGCACUUCUUGACAAUGACAUACAACUUUGUCCUAUAACAACACCAGAUGUCUUGUAAGAAUAUGUUUCUAUUGCAGAUGAAGUCCAGUACUAGUGCUUUCGUUUAGUUUUAAUUUCUGGGGUAAGUGUGCAGUAAUUAUCAACAAAAGUGUAGCAUAGCAACGAAACCUAAUGUUGCUACUUGUAAAAUAUUCCCCAUUCAUGAAACACUAACUGGUAUCUGAUCAAGAUCCAGUAUUGCCUUGAGUGAGUUUUAAGCCAAAAUAAAUCUACAGUUUAGAAAAGUGCCUGAAUACAAGCAGUGAAAAUGACUUGUUAGCAUAUACCAUGAGUCAGCAUACAGCACAAUACAGACACUGUGUUUGCAGAUGCUUGCACGUCUGUGGAGCAAACUGUAUGAUAAUAUCAGUGUAGUGCUUGCAGCAGGCUUGCUUUGAAUUCAGAACUAUAUCACAUGGAAUGUAGUCUUUGCUUUAGCAGCAAUAACUGGUUUCCUUGUAAUGGGUGAUAAUGAAAUUAUUCAAUUAUUUCAACACGUUGUAAUUUAAAAGCACCACCCACUGUUUUCUAUAGACGGAAUGGUUCUUUUACCAAAUGGCAACAGUUUACAUAUGAUAAUAGAAACUUAGCUGUUUUUAAACCAGAUACACUUUUUAACGCCUGGAUAAACACUUUCCUACGCUAUUUGCUACCUAGUAUUUUGUGUUGUUGUUGUGGGUUUUUUUUUUAUAUGAAACUUUGUUAUACUUUGUAAAUGGCUGUUAAAAAAAAAAGUUAGGGGAAAAAAAAGAUUUCCUUCUGAAGGUUAUUAAGUUGUGAUAGAAAAUGAAGUUACGGAAGUGUAGUCAAUUCAUUUAAAUGACUUCAGGUCUCCAUACAGUACCAUUGUUGAUUACAGUAUUACAAUCUGAACCUCUACUAAGGUUUUACAUGCCUCCAUAGAGCAAUGGCACCGGACUCCUAAAACAUUUACCACCAUGCUGCUGAGUUGCUGAUUUAACAAAUCUUUAAAUAAAGAACUCAGUCGGUUUAUUUUCAGGGCAGACUCAGCAGUCUGGUAAAUGCUUUGGGAAUUUAGCCUUGAAGAUUCUCACAUGCACACAGGCACUGUUUGAGAAGCUUUUAUUACCUUCGUUGUUUUAGAUGUGCAACUCUUUGAAUCAGUUGGAUAGACCUCACUUGUUUUGUAACUCUGCCAAACGUCUUAACAAUAGAGCUGCACGAUGUGGAGGCAAGAUUGCUUGCUGGAAGUCAGCCUUUGGGUAUAGGAGCUAUUUGUAUAUGCUGUAUUGUACUUUGUGUUUCAAUUGCACCAGGGUCUUCAGAAAUAGGAUUCCCUGUAAAAAGAUACGAUCAUGACAUUUUUAUGCUGUUAAUGAUUAUUUCAAGGGUGAAAUGUGCUAGUUUGGAAUACAUUAGGAGACUGAUCAUAAGGUUAAUCUUAGAACAAGGGAAAUUAAUUGCCAUUUAGAGAAGAUGACUGUAGGUUACCAGCUCAACGUAGCUGUAGACCCAACAGCCAGAUAAAACAUUUUGAUUGAAAUUUCUUUCUGUUGGUAUUCGAAGAUUUUCACUCAAAAUCUGCUUUGAUAGUGAUGUAUAUAAUUAGUAUUGCAGAUUUCUGUGCUGCGUUCAAUUUUUUAAACAUAUUUCUCAUUCUACAAUUUUACAUUAGAGUCAUUUUUUGUAAACAGAAACCUCUUUCAAACGUGGAAACUAGCUACCUAAUUCUGCAUCGUUUUACUACCUUAUGUUACAAAUUGUUUUUGCAAAUAUCUUACUUUUACUGUACAUAUUUUUUUGUGUGUGUGUUCAUGGGUACUAUCAUGCAAUAUUGUGUGUACUCUGUAGAUGAUUUUCAGGUGUUUAACACCCCAUUUAGAAACUGUAAUCAGACUGUAUCCUCAUUCAGGGAUUAUGGGUUGAUAGUGUGCAUACUGUACAUUCAAGUCCGGGUAUCUUUUUAGUUCUUCCCAUUCUAUUUGUUUUGAUUAAAAGCUGUCAGAACGCUGCCUGACAAUGCGACUUACUGUGGGGAAGUCAACCAGGAGCCAGGGAUACUUUUGAUCUUAAUCUUAAAACAAUUUGGUACAGGAGAGUAUCUUUCCAGAUGUCGAAGACAGAUCAGUGGUCAGUGCAAAUCCCUCACAUUAUUGAAUGAAAGGAUAGACCACCGUCUGGCAAAUAUGGUGCCAUCCCUCACAGGGGGUGAGGGCGAGCCCGGAAACUCGUAUGUAGCAGUGCCUUGAUCUUACAAUACAUCCUUACAUGGUGAAGAACAUGCAGGUCUAAAUCAUGCCAUAUGCUAAGCUCAGACUUGAAUGUACAGCCCUGUUCUAGGGGGUGUAGUUUAAAGGUGCAGCAUCCCAUGCAGCUCAGCCAGUGAUUCAUGUCGGGUUGUCGGUGUAACAAGAACAGCCUUUCGAAAUUUCUGUUUGACUUUACUGAGCUUGUGUCCCUACAGAUACAACUACCUUCGGGGAUGUAGAGAAACUGUAAACAGGGUCUCAAGUAGAGUGCACAGGCUAGUCUAGUGAUAAAGAAACAGUGAGCGUGGGACAUUGCCCCUUUAAAUACAUUUGUGUAGUUUUAAUUAUUAUUAUUAUUAUUAUUAUUAUGAUGAUUGCUAGUAUUGUUAUUAUUAUUAUUAUUAUUAUUAUCAUUGCUAGUAUUGUUAUUGUUGUUAACUAUUAAGCAGCACCUGUUUGGGAUAGGUCAUGGCUCUCAGUGGUUUGAUUUCAGUCCAGGUAGGCUAUGGGUAGAGGGCUGUAUACAAGUACAAGUAGGCACAGGUUCAGGUAGAAGUACAAGCAUGUUGCUUUUGUUAUUGUUGUGGCUGCUCUGUGGGACACCCAACACCUUUCUGGAGCACAAAACAACAACAACUAAACCCUACGAAGGCUAUAUAAGGUACAUUAGUACAUUAGUUUUGUACCAUGUUGUCGCACUCACAGCUGAACAAGCUUGGCUUUUCUCCCUUGUUUUACUUGAUUGGUUGCACUUUGAGCUUGCAUGUAUAAUAAGCGUACAGCCCAAAUUGUUCUGUUUUCCUGUCAUUAAUAGUAACAUUAAACGGAUACUAACAUAUCUAGGGUAUUCUUCUUUUGAUAAUUGCUGUUGCUUCUGUAUUCCCGAUACUACGUAAUAUUUUUAAAGGUUCAGCGUUUCCUUCUCACUUGACUCUACAGGGCCCCCUGGUGCAAGAAACAGAAACGCGUUGACAGGGGUACCCAGACAUACGUUGCCCACUCCUCAUGUUCAGACAGAAACCAGCUAUGCUGUACUUUGUGUUUCAAUUGCACCAGGGUCUUCAGAAAUAGGAUUCCCUGUAAAAAGGUACAAGCAUGAUAUUUUCAUGUUGUAACGUUAAUUGUUAUUUCAAAGCCAUUGUUACUCAAGGGAGAAAUGCUAGAAAUGCUUGUGUCUGUUCAGUGCAAGUUCCCAUGUCAUACUAUGAGGUUGCAUUCAUCUAUAGAAUCUGGUACAUUAACAGACUGCGGCACGUUUGUCCGUGUGGCUCGAGGUACUGUAGUGCCAAAAAAAAAAAAAAAUGCUGUUUUUUUUUCAGGGAGACGGGAGAAAUAGAAACCGAAAAUCAAUAAAUCGUAGAAGACAAGAUGUUGGCUUUCUGAAACUUUAAAUUAACUUUGAAAAUUAACUUAUUAUUUUUGUAUUAUUUCCGAUUUCUCUGAUCUCAAUAAAGCAAGAUUUCUUUUUCA